AUGAGCGCUUCGAAAAAUCCCAUCUCGAUGUUGCUGGUUUGUAUGUUGCUGAUCUGCAUGAUGGACAGUACUAGCGCGAAGCCUUGUUGGUCGUGUGGCUGCCCCAUGUGUGGCGGGUAUGGCGGCUACGGCGGGUAUGGUGGCUACGGCGGCUAUGGUGGAUAUGGAGGUAAUACAGUGUGGAAACUGAUCCAGUGGCAAAAAAAAUACCAUUUUGCAUCCGGGAAGUAUCAAAAAUGUGGCAAAAUGCUUCCCUCUUCAAGUGAAAAAUAACUUCGUUUUGAAGGGCGCGUUUUUGAAAUCUGAGUUUUUUCACUUGGAGAGGGAGGCAUUUUGCCACAUUUUUUGAUACUUCCUGGAUGCAAAAUGGUACGUUUUUUGCCACUGGAUCAGGUUGUACUUUGUGAAUUUUCGCCUUGCGAAUUUUCGCUUUUAAAAUUCCACUCACGACACUUCCCUAGCCCUCCUUUUCUAGGUUAUCCCUAUGGUGGUUAUGGUUUCGCUCCGUACGGCGGCUACCGUUACGGUGGCGGCGGUUUCGGCUUUGGCCCAUACGGCUUCGGCGCUGGCUACCGAUACGGCAGUGGCUUCUACGGCAAGAAGAAGUGA